ACAUGUGCGCUUGCCGCUGCGAGCGAGGGAGAGAAGGGAGGGAGACCGAUGUAAACAUGUUUACCUGAAAAAAUGGGACUGCGACGGUGUUUAAAAAUGGCAAGAAAACCCGGAACCUGCCUCUUAAUCUACCGUGGCCGUCUGUAAAACCGACAGCAAUGUGAUAACCCAGCGGGAUUUUAUAUAAAAAAAAGAAAAAGUAUCUCCGUUCAGCAGGAGAAAACGAUUCCUGGUUGUGGUGUCGAGGCGAACUGACAGGCUACAGCAAAUGGCAACGUGUGCAGUUACCAACUAUAAUAAUGUCGUUGAAGCAAGUUCGGACACGGAUGAUGAGGAUAAAUUGCAUAUCGUGGAGGAUGAGAGUGUAACUGAUGCUGGCGAGUGCGAUGCAAAUGCACUAGACGACGAUUUGCCAACAAAGUGUUCAGUGUUGCCAAGGAAAGAUGACUCGGAUGAAGAAAAUGAGAGCGCUGAUUGGAGAAAUGAAGAGGGAAAGAAAGAAGAUGCAGACAACCUGGGGCCUGAAGCACAGAUGCUCAAUGAUGAUUGUGCAGCUAAGGAAGAAGGAUGUGAGUCUGAUGGCGAGAACUGCUUUCACGAUUCAACUGCAGAAGAUGAGCAGACCCAUGAUCCAAAAGUGCAGGAAUACCUUCAGCAAAAAGACACAGCAGUAAUCUUUCCAGAAGCACCAGAGGAUCAACAUAGAAGAGCCACGCCAGAACCUAGUGGACAAGAAGAAAAUGGAACACCUGAUGCUUUUGCACAGCUGCUCACCUGCCCGUAUUGCGAUAGAGGAUACAAGCGUUUGACUUCACUAAAAGAUCACAUAAAAUAUCGGCAUGAGAAAAACGACGACAACUUCAGCUGUUCCCUCUGUCGCUACACAUUUGCCUACAGAACACAACUGGAUCGUCACAUGGCUUCACACAAGUCAGGACGAGAUCAGCGCCAUGUUGUAACACAGACUAGCGGAAACCGCAAAUUCAAGUGCACUGAAUGUGGAAAAGCAUUUAAGUACAAGCAUCAUUUAAAGGAGCACUUACGCAUCCACAGUGGAGAAAAGCCAUAUGAAUGCUCGAACUGCAAGAAAAGGUUUUCCCACUCCGGCUCUUACAGCUCACACAUCAGCAGUAAGAAGUGCAUCGGGCUUAUAUCACUCAAUGGCAGAGCCCGUUCAGGAAUCAAGACACCUCAAGGCACUUCUCCAUCCCUUUCUCCGUCAACCAACAGCCCUGCUAGAACACAACUCCGUCAUAAGCUAGAAAACAGUAAGCCUUUGCAAGAACAGUCGGCCGUAAACCAAAUCAAAAGCGAACCUGUGGAUUAUGAGUACAAAACCAUGGUGGUGACCUCUGGUAUCAACUGUGCAAGCUCUUUCCAAAAUGGAGGAUUUAGUGGCGGUACCCAGGUUACAACUUCUCCCCAGAGCGUGGUUCAAGCUGUUGUAUUGCCAACCGUUGGCCUGGUCUCUCCCAUUAGCAUCAAUCUAAGUGACAUUCAGAAUGUUCUUAAAGUUGCAGUAUUAGAAAACAAUCAUGUUACUCUCCCUUCCAAAGAGGCAGGAGUUGUAUCUUCUGGAUUGGUGCAGCAAAAUAGCCAUUCCCUCAUCUCAUCCAUCAGUCUUCCCUUGAUUGAUCAGGACGGAACAACCAAGAUCAUUAUCAACUACAGCUUAGAGCCCAGUCAGCUCCAAGUCCUGCCGCAAAAUUUAAAAAAGGAAAUUCCUCAUCCAGCAAACAGUUGUACAAAUGACAAAACACCAGAAGACCUCACAGUCAAAUCUGAGAAAACGGAGACAAGUGCAGGAAUGAGUAACACAUGCCUUCUUUGUAAUGAAUGUCCUGGUGGAUUAAAUGCACUUCACGAGCUAAAGCACUAUCAAUUAAAAACUGAAGCUCAUUCAGGGGAGAGCAGUAUUACCGAACCUGAAAACCUCGCUGCAGCUUCAGUAUCAAUAGAAGAGAACACCUCUUCGGAUCAAGAACCAUUGAAGAACCUGUUGUCACUUCUGAAGGCAUAUUAUGCAUUGAACGCACAGCCAACAUCCGAAGAGCUGGCAAAGAUUUCCGUUGCUGUGAACCUGCCGUUAGAAAAGGUAAAAAAGUGGUUUGAGAAAAUGCAGACUAGUCAGGUCCCAGUCCAGCCAUCUUGUCCCUCUUCUCCCUCACCUGACCACGAGGGGGUCAAACCAAAGCAGUCCGUCGGUCACCCGGAACCAUCGCCUUCUGGCGUUCAAAGCAACUCAGCAAAUUCGGAAACCCAGGCGGACAAGCUGACUGAACCUCAGAAUGCAACCACGCCGCCCAGUGCAACAGCAGAACCUUCGGGGAGUAGCACUCCAUCCCCGACACCGCUGAACCUUUCCUCGGCAUCUUCUCGAAAUUCUCAAAGCUAUCUCAACACACCAGACAGCAGCCAGGAGGAUUUACAGUUGGAGCCUCUUGACCUGUCGCUUCCCAGGCAACAAAAGGAAGGGCUGGAAAGACCCACGAUAACCAGUGUUUACCACAGCAGUGUUCAUUACGUCCAAGAGGAGCCUUUAAACUUGUCUUGCCUCAAGAAAGAACAAACAGAAAACGAAAGUGUUGACGAAGGAAACUCAACAAGUGCCAAACCUAUAAAUAUUGCAAUUCCUGCAGUCACCACCAAACUCCCCAUGAUUGUUGCCAUCUCAAGUCCAAACAGUGUUCCAUGCCUCAGACCCCUAACAACAUUAAAGCAGGCCAGCGUCAUUCCACAGGUGGCCUACACGUAUAAAAUAACUAAUUCAAAUCCAUCUGAACAACAACAGAAACCAACUCAAGCCAACGGAAAUCAUCUCGUGGUUGUGUUCCUGAAGGACGAAAGCCAAGAGAUGAGUUGCGGAGGUGUGCCCAAUACUGACGAGCAGAAUGAUUCAGACUCUGCGCCGCCACGUAAGAAAAUAAAAAAGACGGAGAAUGGAAUGUACGCCUGUGAUUUGUGCGAUAAAAUAUUUCAGAAGAGUAGCUCUCUUCUGAGACACAAGUACGAGCACACAGGUAAGCGACCACACCAAUGCGGGAUCUGCAAGAAAGCUUUCAAACACAAGCAUCAUCUGAUUGAACACACGCGACUGCACUCUGGGGAGAAACCUUACCAGUGCGAUAAAUGUGGCAAGCGCUUCUCCCAUUCGGGCUCCUAUUCGCAGCACAUGAACCACCGCUACUCCUACUGCAAACGGGAAGCAGAGGAACGGGAAGGAGUGGAGCAAGAGGAGGCUGGGCCUGACUCACUGAACAACAGUGAGUACGCAGACAUCAGGAGCCCCACUUCCCACGCGGACUCGGACGACAAGGACAGCACUGCAAGAGAAGACGAAAGCGAGAAGGACGAGGAAGAGAAGGAAAGCGACGAAAUGCAAGAUAAUUGUGCAGAGGAAAUGAGGGAGGAAUCAGAUGAGGAGGAAGCAGACGAGGAGGAAGCAGACGAGCAGGAAGCAGACGAGCAGGAAGCAGACGAGCAGGAAGCAGACGAGCAGGAAGCAGACGAGCAGGAAGCAGACGAGCAGGAAGCAGACGAGCAGGAAGCAGACGAGCAGGAAGCAGACGAGCAGGAAGCAGACGAGCAGGAAGCAGACGAGCAUGAAGCAGACGAGCAGGAAGCAGACGAGCUGGAAGCAGAUGAGGAGGAAGUAGACAAGCAGGAAGCAGACGAGCAGGGAGCAGAUGUGGAGGAAGCAGAUGAGCAGGAAGCAGAUGAGGAGGAAGUAGACAAACAGGAAGCAGACGAGCAGGAAGUAGACGAGCAGGAAGUAGACGAGGAGGAAGCAGACGAAGAGGAAGCAGACAAGCAGGGAGCAGAUGAGGAAAAUAGAACAGACCCAAUGAGCGAUGUGGAGCAGGAAAAUACAGUAAAUAGUUUGGAAGCUAAUUCACCAGAAAAAAUGUAAUGAAUACUUGAUCAGGAAUAUAAAUUGGAGAAGAAAUGUUCUGCGAUUAGUGUUGUACCAUGUUUUUCUAAAAAAAAAAAUUCCAGAAACACACACUAUAUUGCUAUGUUUUUCUCUUCACUACUGUGUGGAAAUCCCGGUGUGCCUGAACCUCAAACGAUUAACAAUUUACCACAUGAACUGUGUUUAAGAUAUUAGGAAUGAUGUUUGUAUAAAAAAAAGGCAAAAAAAAAAAAUUGCAAGCGAGAAAUUGCAUAAACUGACUGCCUUGAUUCACAAGGCAAACCCAACAGGUUUCAAAAGAGUUUGCUACCAGUCAUUCUGCAUUACCUGUUUACCUGUGUUGCUCUUCAUUUUGCCAUUCAUGUAUUCCCAUUAACUUCAACACUCUACAGCUGGGAGAGAUUUCUAUGAAAAUUUCUAAAACAAACGAAACUCAUCUAUUGUAGAUUUAUAGUACCACAAUGCUUUACUCCGUGGCUGAUGCUCAUCAUUUCAUUGGUUUAAAAGGAUGUGAAAAACUUCUGCACUACAGAAUUCCCUUUAUACUUGUAUCUAACAUUAUUAUUGUCUACCUUUAUCAGUAUCACACGAGCAGGUAGUCAUUGAUGACAUUAGUUGACCUUACUUUAGAGUGUAAAUUCAUUUGAAGCAUAAUGUUAGCCUUAAAGCAAGCUACUAGCAGAGUCAAAUCAAGAACGACGUGGUAAGACUUGUAGUUAGAUGUAUAGCAGUCUGUUGCCAAGUCUUCAAAAGUAAGAACUAACAGUAUAGUGUUUGGAGAGAACCGAGGUCAGUGUUUUAGUCACUAGUGUUACUUAGGUAAGAGAGGAUUAUGGUAUGGAGCUUUGUACCCCCCUUGGCCUUAUGCAAGACCUGUGUGCUGCAAGUGCCAUUUAUAAAUCAGUAUUAUGGAAAUGUGGCUCUAACCAGCCCUUAGCUUUGGUGCAAGUUAUUAACAGUGUUAGCCUAUUUUAUUUCAGUAUUAUUUUAAUUCAAAUUACGAUAACAUUUUAGAUUCCUAUGUUUGUGCAAAUUUUGUACUGUAUGUCCUCAACCCAGGCAGUAUUAAUACCCUACUUACUGACACAUGUACCUUUUAGUUUUAGGAAACUUUUAUAUUUAUGUGUCUUAUUUUUAUAUUUCUUUAUUGUUAUUUAUUACACAAUGUAGUGUAUAAUACUGUAGUUUGUAUUAAUACAAUAAUAUAUUUUAGUACGAAAAAUGAUUUGGAAGGUUGAUAAGAAUUCAAAGCAGAAAUACAAUUGGUUCUCUUGAAAUCAAAUUUUGUUUAAAUGUUAUGUAACAGUAUUACUUGCCUUGGAAUGUGUAGCUGGAGCAUCAAAGGGGAAUGUAAGACCUUUACAUUCAGAAUCCAAUUAUUUGCCCUGCCUCACUUUUAAUGCAUUGGGCUACUGAAUUUGAAGUAUAUUGUUAUACAGCAUGGUAUUUUUGCAGUUUUUGAAAUUAGUGUGUAACCAUGGAACCAAGUAUUGAAACCCUUGGCCAAAUUACAAAGCCAUGCGCAGUGUUGGGAAUAACAUUACACUUUUUUGCUUUGUGCCAAUUUGUUUUAGAAUUCCUCUACAUCUGAUACAAGCCAGAAGUUUUUUUUUUAAUUGCCUAGUUUCAUGAUAGUCAUUUUCUAGUUUUAUACCAGACUGCCCAUCUCACAAUAAAAUGCAUCAACA